AUGGGUUCUGCUAAACGAUCAGCUGACAGUCGAGAGAAGACGGUGUCCAAGAAGGUCAAACUGGUGGAGAAGUCCACUGGCAAGAAGGGCGCCAAGAAGGUGGUCGAGGAGGUCGAAGAGGCUUCUUCCGAGGAGGAUUUUGCAUCUACUGAUGAGGAACAGGAUCAGGAGGAGGACUCCGAUGACUCCGAUUCUGACGACAUGGAGAUGAGCGACAGCGACGAGGAGAAGGAGGAAGAUGACGAAGAGGACGCUCUUGACGACGACGAGGAGGAUGAGGAGACCAAGGAGGACGGAGAGGAGGCCCCUGCCGGCAAGUCUAGUGCUGCCGAGAGCCAUGCUGAGCAGAAGCGCCUGUUGAAGGAACGAAAGCUUGCUCGAUCUGGAGGAGAGAGUAUCGCUCAGAUCAAGCAGAUUUGGGAGCGGCUCCGAAUGAAGACUGGUGUCAAGCCUGCUGAGCGAAAGCAGCUGGUGGAGGAUAUCUGGGCCAUUUCCAAGAACGAUAUCAAGAACUUGAUUCUCAAGCACGACGCAUCGCGAAUUAUCCAGACUCUGUUCAAGUACGCUGACAAGGAGAAGCGAGAGAUCAUCACAAAGGCGCUGAAGGGCAACUACUACGACCUGGCCAUCUCGUCUUACGGAAAGUACCUGCUGGUCAAGAUGCUGCAUUACGGAUCUGCUGCCGUUCGACAAUCUAUUAUUGACGAGCUGCACGGCCGGUUCCGAAAGCUCAUGCGUCAUAAGGAGGGUGCCUAUGUGUUGGAGGAUGCCUACAGAGACUACAGCACUGCUGCUCAGAAGCGACAAAUCAUCCAAGAGUUUUUCGGUGCCGAGUUUGCCGUUUUCCGAGACGCUGCUGGCACAAAGACCCUUAAGGAUAUUAUCGAGGACGCCCCCGAGAAGCGACCCAUCAUCAUGCGAAACCUGAACGAAACUAUCACUGCUGCUGUCAACAAGGGUUCCAUUGGUUUCACCGUCAUUCAUGCUGCCAUGCUUGAGUACGUCAGCAACCUUGACACCAACAACUCGGAGAAGACCGAAUUCAUCGAUCUGAUUGGCGAGCAGUUUGCAGAGAUGGUGCAUACUAACGAGGGAUCGCAGGUGGCUUGCAAGACUCUGGCCAUGGCUUCUGCCAAGGAGAAGAAGGGUCUUCUCAAGUCGCUCAAGAGCUUUGCCGACACCCUGGCUGCUGAUCAGUACGGACACAUGGUCAUGAUGACUGCUUUUGACACCAUUGACGAUACCAAGAGUGUUGUUAAGGCCUUUUCUGGUGAGCUCUCCGAGAAGCCCGUGCAUGAGCUGUUCAUGGACAAGAACGGUCGACGACCCUUCCUGUAUGCCAUGCUAGGCCGAGACUCUCGAUACUUCAACAAGCUGGUUCUGGAUCAGCUCAAGCAGUACGAUGAGAUGAAGACUGCAACUGGUACUGCCAAGAAGGAUGAUGCUCUUCGACUGGAGGAGAUCAACAAGGGAAUGUCCCCUCUGAUUCUCGAGGCCAUUGCCAACAACGCUUACGAGCUCAUGAACGACACCCUGGGUUCUCAGUUCAUUUCCGAGGCUCUUCUGUCGUGUGACGGUGACAAGUCUGAGGCUAUCGCUGCUCUUAUGGAGGUUCUGUCUGCCGAUCCCGCCGGUGACAACCACGUCAUCAAGCAGCCCAACGCUCAGCGAGCUCUGCGAACCCUCAUUCAACAGGGACAUUGGAACAACAAGGAGAAGAAGGUAGUCAAGGUCGAGACUCCCAUCGACUUCGGUGCCAAGUUCUACGAUGCAAUUGGGGAUCACGUUGUCGCAUGGGCCACUGGAGACGGUGCUUUUGUCAUUGUGACUCUGUUGGAGAACCUGGAGGACGAUAAGCUGAAGAAGGAGCUCAAAAAGACUCUCAAGGACAGUAAGAAGGAGAUUGCUGCUGCUGCCGAGGAUGGAAACAAGGGUUCCAAGCUCAUUGUUGACCUGCUUUAA